AUGGCUUUCACUAAUAAACCUCAUUUUAUAUUGAUGUUUAUGAUCUCUUUUAUUCUUAUUCUUUUUGUGUCUGCAUUAGAUUUGUCAAAUGCUCCAGCAGAAGCCCCAACUUCGGACGGCGACGGCUUGUUACCUUUAGCCGGAAAACAUGUUGUAAUCCACAACAAAGUAAAAAACAGACAAAUCUUGAAUGUACAUUGCAGAUCUAGUGAGGAUGAUUUUGGGAUGGUCCAUAUUCCAUGGAAUGGUACAUGGGAUUUCAGAUUUCAUGUUAACUUUUCGAAAACGACAAAAUUUCGUUGUCAUUUUACAUGGUAUAGAGGCGGAUCUCAUUAUUUUUAUAUUUUUAAAGUAUCAAGAGAUGAUAGUCCAUUUGGACAUUUUCCAGUUUGUAAAGAAUGUAUAUGGGAAGUGGGAAAAGAUGAUGAAAACCCUAUUUGUCGUAUUGUUCGUGAAAAGGGAUACUUGCCCUGGUGUUUUAAAUGGGAAGAUGGUCCUUAA